GAGCUGACGCUGGUAUCUCGAUCUACAAAUAUGGGCUCGAUUAUGCGACCUCGAGUUCUAGAAUGGACUUCGUCCUCAAAACAAGAGGCAUCAAAAAUCUCGUUCUUGGAUCUUCCACGCGAAUUGCGGGAUUCGAUUUUCAUCUAUGCUCUGAAAGCGCCAGGCGCAAUCUUCGUACAAUCGGCGUACAUUCACGCCGCGCAAGAGGACCUGGAAGGAAGAGCCAUCAGAUACAAAGGGCAAGGUCCUCCAGAACCAGAACGCUUGGGUAGGAUCAUCACCAGCCCUCUGGUGAGGACCUGCCGACAGAUCCAUGCGGAGAGCACUCCUAUCUUGUACGGGCAUAAUAUCUUCAGUUUCUCCAUGGUCAAUUCCAACUUUGCCAUCUUCUACCGCUCUCUUAUCCGCCAUAUCGUAUUCACUGUGGAAGCUAGUCGCCGCAUCUACAGCGAGAAUCUGAUUGAUAUGAGCUACUGGUGGCGACGCGUCUUCUGGCCAAACGUCAUCGAUGCCAGCACAAAAUUCCUUCUACGUUACCCUGGCCUUAUAAGUCUGACAUCUCCUAUCAAGUCUGAAAGUCUGUGGCGGACAUGGAGGCCAGCCUUCAUGAUGGUCGAGCGGAAGACAAGCGAGCAGCGCAUUGAAAUGGCCGCUUUGUGGCUACGAGCAAACUGUCCCAUGGAAGACGAACGGCUCCGAGAUAUGCUACAUAUGGAAAUAAUGCCAGCAAAAGACCAGCAAGGGUUGGAUGGCCUGAGGUUUGCUGUCGAGGAUGAUAAUGGAAAUGAAUGGGAUUACACUGAAUUCGCUUCUGCCUUUGAGCGAAUGAAGCGAUUGCAGGCUUGA